UCUAGCUCCCCUCCACCUCCUCCCACCGUGGACGUCCUCAGAUUGAGUUGGAGAAGGGGGACCCCGGUGUGGUGUCCUGGGAAAGCUUAGAAAGGGGGGCCUUGGAGAGACACCCACCACCUCCUCCUGCGUCCCCGGGGCUGCUGAAUCACCGGCGAGGAGUCUGCAGGUGCUUGAAUGAGCCCGACACCAGCCUCUGCCCCUGGGUGCCCGACGUAACAGCAAGGAUCCCACCAGUGGCUCCUGGCAUGCCCCACCAGCCUUCAGCCUGAGUUGGCAGCCCCCGUCUCUGCCAGCCGCCACCCUGCACUGUUCCGGCUCCCCCGAGGUCCCCACGCUGCAGUGCGGCCAAGACCCCUCCCCGCAGGGGCCACCCCCACCGACUGCCCCUGGUGCCCGGGGUGGCCCGGCCCGCAGGGCCAUGAAGCUGCAGGCUGUGAUGGAGACUCUCAUUCAGAGACAGCAGCGUGCCCGGCAGGAACUGGAGGCUCGGCAGCCUCCACCACCCCAACCACCCGAGCCCACUGGUGUCCGGGCGCGGACCACCAUGACAGGCGAGGACAGGGAGCCUGAGAAUGCCCGGAUGCAUAGGACGCAGAUGGCCGCACUGGCCGCCAUGCGGGCUGCUGCCGCCGGCUUGGGACAUCCGUCCUCUCCCGGGGGCUCUGAGGAUGGGCCUCCUGUCUCGGGAGAUGAAGACACAGCCCGGGAAGGGACUCUGAGUUCACCUGCCCUGCAUGAAAGUGUUCUGGAGGGACCAGGACACGCUGAGGGAGACGGGCAUUUGAUGGACGUGGGCUCUGAUGAUGAUGACACGAAGUCCAAGUGGGAAGAGCAAGAGCUGGAAGAACUGGGGGAGGAGGAAGAGGAGGAGGAAGAUGAAGAUGACUUUGAGGAAGAGGAGGAGGAAGAAGAAGGCCUGGGCCCCCCAGAGUCUGCCAGCCUGGGCACCGCAGGCCUGUUCACCCGCAAGACCCCGCCCACUCAGGCUUUCCGUGGAGAUGGUGGUCCUAGGAUGCUGAGUGGCCCUGAGCGCCUGGGACCUGGCCCGGCCCACCCCAGUCAUAUGGCAUCCCAGAUGCCACCACCAGACCAUGGGGACUGGACAUUUGAGGAGCAGUUCAAACAGCUCUAUGAACUGGACUCGGACCCCAAGAGGAAAGAGUUCCUGGAUGACCUGUUCAGCUUCAUGCAGAAGCGGGGCACUCCAGUGAACCGGAUCCCCAUCAUGGCGAAGCAGGUCCUUGACCUGUUCAUGCUGUACGUGCUGGUGACCGAGAAGGGCGGCCUGGUAGAGGUGAUCAACAAGAAGCUGUGGAGGGAGAUCACCAAGGGGCUCAACCUGCCUACCUCCAUCACCAGUGCCGCCUUCACACUUCGGACACAGUACAUGAAGUAUCUUUACCCCUAUGAGUGUGAGAGGCGAGGCCUGAGCAGCCCCAACGAGCUCCAGGCCGCCAUAGACAGCAAUCGCAGGGAGGGCAGGCGCCAGAGCUUCGGCGGCUCACUCUUUGCCUACUCACCCAGUGGAGCCCACAGCAUGCUGCCCUCGCCCAAGCUACCGGUGACUCCCCUGGGCCUUGCUGCCAGCACCAACGGCAGCUCCAUCACCCCAGCGCCCAAGAUCAAGAAAGGCCACCCUGUUGUCGCAGCCCAGGCUGCGGCAGUGCAAGCUGCAGCUGCCCAGGCAGCCGUGGCGGCCCAGGCGGUUGCCCUGGAGCAACUCCGGGAGAAGCUGGAAUCUACAGAGCCUCCAGAAAAGAAGAUGGCCCUGGUGGCCGAUGAGCAACAGCGACUUAUGCAGCGAGCUGUGCAGCAGAGCUUCCUGGCCAUGACAGCCCAGCUGCCCAUGAACAUCCGCAUCAACAGCCAAGCCUCUGAGAGCCGCCAGGACUCAGCCAUGAGUCUCACCAGUGCCAAUGGCAGCAACAGUAUUAGCAUGUCUGUGGAGAUGAAUGGCAUUGUAUACACAGGGGUGUUGUUCGCUCAGCCACCACCUCCUACGGCACCUUCCGCCCCCGGCAAAGGGGGUGUCAGCAGCAUCGGUACCAACACCACCGCGGGCAGCCGGAUAGGAGCCAGCGGCAGCACUGUCAGCGGCGGCCAGGUGGGGCUGGCGGGGGUGUCUACGCCCACCGUGUCUUCUACCUCAAACAACUCCUUGCCUUAAAGGAAACCAAGGUGCAUGGCUGCCCACCCGCCACAGGGACCGCAAGGCCACACAGGGGAACCUGGGACGUCAGAAGAAUCCCAGUGGGCCGGUAGAUUCCCAAGGAGCCACACGCCAAAAAAGAGAGAGGGAGAGAGAGAGAAAGAAAGAAAGAAAAAAAAAAUAUAUAUAUACAUAUAUAUAUAUACAUAUAUACAUAUAUAGAAAGAUAGAUGGAGAAACAGAUUUAAUAAAUCAGGGCAAAGCAAAGAACACUUGAAUCUCUCAGGUUUCAGAGACUCCGAGAAACGGAUUUGAUGAGGGCCACCGAGGUAACCUCGAAGCCGAAGGAGGUCCCCUUCCCAGAGGCUUCCACGAGGUUUCGCUUGAGCAGCCCAUUCAAGCACGUCUGUUUACCUCAUGAAUCCCGGCACUGCGUGUUCACAUUUUUUUUGUUUUGUCUUUGUUUUUGUUUCUUUUUUUGUUCCUUUUGGGAAAACCAACCUUGGAAGCUAUGAAUUUUUCUUUUCUUUUUAAAACAAGAUCUCCACAUUCAGAACGCAAUUUUUAAAAAGGGUUUGGGGUUUCUGAUUUUGUAAAUAUUCUAUUUUAUUCUUGAGGGCAGGGAUUGGAUCUUAGGAAGAAUCUAUCUGUAUAUCUAUAUAUUUGUGUUCAUUCAGGGAAACAGACUUUUAAAAAAAAAAAAAGAAAGAAAGAAAGGAAGAAAGAAAAAAACAAAAUACCAGCCAUGGUCGGCCCCCACCCUUGUCACCCCAGAGCCCUUGCGUGUCCUGCAGUGCCCCUGGCUCAGCUAGGAGAUACUGGCUUUCAGCAGUUUCCACAAUUCUGUCAGGCUGGCCCUGCCCACUGGCCCCAUCAUUCAGGAACCUGGAUUGCUUACCCAGGACACAGAAUGUUCUAGAAACGGGUAGGGGAGCCAUGGAGUGCAGUGGCCUCCUGUGUCUCAGGGAUGAAGGUGCUGGAUUGUCUUUGCCUGGAUGGGUUGCUUUCAAGAGACAGAUGCAACGGGCCUAGCUCAGGGCAAGGAUUGGACUUGAGUCACAGCCUCCUGUGUUCCAUCUCUCUUCCUGUUUUUGUCACUCCCCUUGCUGGGACAACACCUGAAUGUGACAGUAGUCGAGCAGGAAGGAUCCUGCUGUCUCUCCCAUAGUCCAGCCAAACUGGGCAUUGUGGCACCCUGUCACCCCAGCUCUUAGGAGGAUGGAGCAGGGGGAUCGAGAGAGUUCAAGGUCAUCCUUGGCUACAUAUAGAGGUUGAGGCCAGCCUGGGCUACUUGAAACCCUAUCUCAAAGAAGCAAAAUAAGUCGAGGCUGGGCAGAUACCUUUAAUCCCAGCACUUUGUGAGCAGACCAGCCUGGUCUUAAAGUAAUUCCAAGCUGCCCAGGGCUACACAGUGAAAUCCUGUCAAAAAACAACAACAACAAAACAAAACAAAACACUUGGAUUCGUUUUGGCUGGAGCUGUGUACACACUCUGCUGGACUGAGGAAUCUGCUCUGGACUCAGCCCGGUCUCCAUUCCCGAGUGGCAGUGCUGGUUCUCCUGGGAGAGAACGGGAGCACAUGCAGACGUGGGUGCUGGAACCUGCUUGUCCUCAGUCCCAGGAGUCAGGAACCCCCGGGUCUACGCUAUGGGGAUCGGACCCUCUUUCGUCCUCUGUCUCAGGUUGUCAACACACCCCUUCCAUCCUUCCAGGAGGGGGGUGCUGCCUAUUUGGAGGGGAGGGGGGAAUCUCAACUUUUCCUUCUGGAAGCUUCUGCCUGCCCCGUUUUGGGGCCACUGUCUUAGCCGCACAAUCAUUCCUGGGCACGGGUGUUGAGGGGUCCUUGUCCCUUCUGACAGCCCUGUCCAAAGUCUGCCUCCAUGGGUAACUGGCUCAGGGAUAUAGCAGCCAGCCUACUGUGUCCCUAGUGGGGUCUAUCUGAGGGGGUCGCCUUGGUGGGCACAUCCAAGGCAAGUUUCUUUCUACCUCAGGUCUUUUGAUGCCAAAAAGAAAAAGAAAUGCGCCCAGGUCACCCACUGGUCUGGUCACCUUCUCAGUGCCCACGGUGGGAACUUGGUGUCCACUUGUAUCUCAGGCUCUGUGAGUGGCCGGAAGCAUGAGAUCCUAACUCAGGGGACCUUGCCCCCCCACAGCUCUGUGACUGUGGUGGGGUACCCCCUGCUGGGCAUACUCAGCAGCCCUCCGUGGUCCUGUCUGUGCCUCAGUUGCCCCAUUAGGCCUUGGCAUGGGGUUCAGUUGGCACCCACGCAGACUGGAGUGGGGUCAGAGCUGGGGUCGUCAUUGUCCACCUGGUACCUCAGGGCUUGGCAUGGGGCAGGUGAGACACCCAAACUCAGGGCAAAGGGUGGAGGGGCAGGCUCAGGCUGCUUCUAGAACCUUCCUGGUCACCCUUAUGCGGGCCACCAGGCCAUGUGUCUGUCUGUCUGUCCGGCUGCAGUGGGUGGGUAGGGAUGGGGUUUGGGAACAGCUGGGUUAAUGUUUUCUGAGGGUUAUACAUCUGUACAGUCUGGGUUUUUUUUUUUUUCUUUCAUUUUAAUCAUUUUUACACGCUUUGAGUUUUUUCCCCCCACCUCCACAUAAUUUUGGCUUUUGUGGAUUUUAUUUUUCCUUCUAGGUAAAUGUGAGCUGGGCUGUUUGGUUAGGGACAGUGAACUUUUCAUUUUCUUGGGGGUGGGAAGGGCUUGUCCGACAGCCUGGGAAUCGCACACAAACUCAGGUAAAAGUGAAAAAAUAAAUAAGUGGAUUUUUAAAAAUUUUAAAAAAAAGAAAAAGAAAUAAAGAAAAAGCUGUUUUCUACCUCUGGUCAGGCCUCUGUGGUCAGUUCCUGCCCAGGCUGUGGCCUGCGGCCCACAAUGGUCACAGCUGUGCAGAAUAUUCAGGAAAAUUCAGCUAUUAACAGGAAAACUCAGACAACAAUGGGGGAAGGUGUGAUUUUUGAAAUUUAAAAAACAAAAACAAAAAAAAAAACACUGAAAGUUUACAUUUUAUGACCCUAUUGUGGAUUGUAUUUAAGCCUCAGAAAUAUUUAACGGGAUUGUAACCUGUAAAUCAGUGAUAUUAAAGAGU